AUGAGUGAAUCUACAUCUGUGAUAAAUCACAUCAACACUCUUAAUACGAUGUUUGCUCAACUUACAUCGACAAAUUUCACCAUAGCAAAAAAUGAACGUGCAAAACUUCUACUUCAGAGCUUACCAGAUUCAUAUGAUCCACUUGUCGUCAACUUAACAAAUAAUAAUGUUACAGACCGUCUAUACUUUGAUGAUGUUGUCGGAGCUAUUCUUGAGGAAGAGUCCAGGCGUAUAAAUAAGGAAGACCGUCAAGAAAACUCAAAACAAGUAAAAGCUUUGACAAUGACAAGAGGCAGAUCAAUGGAACGUGGCCCCAGUGGGAGCCAAAAUCAUGGUAGAUCAAAAUCUCGAAAGAAUGAACUGCAAAGGGAACAGGAAAAUGAUAGUACUUCUAAAGAUAUCACUACUUUUCAUAUAGAUGGAAAGUCUGUAGAAGAUGAUUCUUUUGAAGCAGAACCAGAGCACGAGGUACAAGAACUAGAGGAACCUGAUGGUGUUGAAGUUCGACGACCAACACGUCAGAAAAGGAAACCAAAUUGGCAGUUAGACUAUGUUAUGGCAAGCCAUGAUGCAUAUUGUCUUCUAACAGAAGAUGGAGAACCAUCAACCUUUCAAGAGGCUGAAAAGCCAUCUAGAACAAUUGAAUCUGUUGGAGCAUUUCAAAAGUUGCCUAUAGUAAUGCCAUCUAUUGACAUUCUGGGGUCAGCACUGAGAAAGGCGAGGAGGGUUUCUGCAACAAAAGGAAUUGUCAAUAUUGCAAAAAGAGAGAAAAACAAAGGUGCAAAACAACUUGACGCGUUGAUGAAAGAACUUGCUGUUCCAUUGAGGACAUAUGUGGAGAACUUUCCUGAUAAAAGACACCUUCAUCCUUAUGAAAGGUCACUUAUUGAGCUGACACUUGGUGAUGGGUACUAUGAAAAGGUGCUAGGGAAUGUAGAUGGUUUGAGGAAGAGGGUAGUGUCUAUUGGAAAGGAACAUGCUUCACUUUGUGCUAAGUCUACGACAAAGCGUGAAGCAGAGGAAAGACUGAAUGAGGGUCUUAAAAUAAUUGAAGAGAGUUUUGGUCAAAAUCGGAAUGUAGUUGACGAUUUGUUAAACAUAGCGAAGACUCUGAGGGCAAUGCCUGUAAUUAAUUUGGAAACACCAACUCUUUGCCUUGUUGGAGCCCCUAAUGUAGGCAAAUCUUCUUUGGUCCAUGUACUCUCUACUGGCAAGCCUGAGAUUUGUAACUAUCCCUUCACAACAAGAGGAAUUCUUAUGGGUCAUAUUAUUUUUAACCAUCAGAAGUUUCAGGUAACAGAUACCCCAGGCUUGCUGAAGAGACAUGACAAUGACAGAAAUAAUUUGGAAAAGUUGACCCUUGCUGUCCUUCAGCAUCUACCAACAGCAGUCUUGUAUGUUCACGACCUUUCAGGGGAAUGUGGGACCUCACCUUCAGAUCAGUUUUCAAUAUACAAAGAAAUCAGAGAAAGGUUUCCUGGACAUUUAUGGCUCGAUGUUGUCUCCAAAGCAGAUCUGUUGAAGACCUCUCCUAUGAUAUAUGCAACAGAAAAUCGUGACCUCACACAACAUGAGCUGGAGAAGUACCGUAAAUCAGGUCCUGAUGGAGCUAUUAAUGUGUCUGCGACAACGCAGGAAGGAGUACACGAGCUGAAGCACAGAGUGAAUGAGCUUCUCAACAUGCAGAUGGCCAAGAUCAAAUAUGUAAGCAACAACCAAGAGAAGUGA